AUGGGUGCCGGCGGAGAGCAGCACCACGCCGCCCGAGGGCGCGCCCCGGGGAGCGGAGAAAGAGAGGGGAGACCAGGGAGGGCACCGCGUAACCCGGCACCGGGGGAGGGGAGCGCGGGGGAGCGGGGGAGGGAAGGGCGGGGCCCCGGGGAUGGGGGGGGGCCGCCAGGGGGAAGCGGGAGCGUGGGAUGGGAGCCCAGAGGGGCAGGGAAGAGCGGGGGACGGGGAGAGGUGGAGAGCGGGGAGGACGGCGAAGAAGGGAAGCGACGAGGGCAGCUCCCGCGAGCGGCAAGGGGGACGGGGGAGGCGAGUAGGGAAACCCGAGAGGGGACUGAGGGGGAGGGGGGAGGGGGAGCGAGGGCGGGGGAGGGAGAGGCGGGGAGGAGACCGGCCGGGGCGGGGAAGGGGAAGGAGGCGAGCGGCCGGGGUGAGCGGAUGAGAGCGAUGUGGACGCGGGAGCGGGGGGGUGGCCCGGGGGGGGCGGCUAGGGGAAGGGGGACUGAGAGGGAGCGGAAGGCCCGGGGGGCGCGGGCCGGGAAGACGGUGAGGGAGGGUGAGACCGGGGAACGCCGGGCGGCGCAAGCGAAGGAGCACGCGACGGGGCGGGUGGUGGGACCUAGGCACACAAGGAGAAAAGCUCAGGGGGGAGGAGUGAGGGGGGGAAAAGGAAAAGCAGUCGAGGGGUGA